AGAUGUUGGCAUUGGCAACUUCCGAAAAAUAGCUAUGAACUAGAAGGACACAAAAUGGUGAAUAAUUUCCCACGUCCACCUGCAUUCUCAUGACACCAACAGGGAGAUAUGGGCGUCCUAAGACUGGUAGCCAGAAUCAUGGGUAGGGUCAGUACUUUCAGGUCCUAUCAGUUUGUGCUUCUCCUGGCUGCUGCACUUGCUGUUGUAGCCUUUUACUACUUUGGCUCAGAGAGGCAGAACUUCUCCAGCACCACAAAGAGGAUCAAGCAGACCCAGGCCAGCCACAACACCAAUAGGAACGAUGCAGACCUAACUGUGGACACCGGACUCUCACACCCAGCUGCAUCCGAGGAGCAAGGAGGGGAAGAGCAACAAGUAGGCGGAGAGAGGGAAGGAUUUAGGUCCAGGACAGGGGACGGUGAAGCUGGUGACCAUCGCUACCACGCACUCAUGAUGUUCACCAAGGUGGACAAGAGCCGGAGCCUGCAGGACAAGUUCAGGGUGGCCAUGUUGUCUAUGGUUAAGCAUGGACGUUUCCUGGAAGGAGAGGUAUUAGUCCUUCAUUUUGUGAGCGACCAGGCCAGCAAAGAACUGGGAGAGAGGAUGCUGCAGGAAUUUCUCCUUGACGCAACGUUUAAGUAUGAGGUGUUGUUCCAUGACGUGGCGGCUCUCACACAGAAGCUGUUCCCUAUUGUCGAGGCCAUGCAGAAGCACUUCAGCGCCGGCUCUGGGGCUUACUACAGCGACGCCAUCUUCUUCCUGUCUGUUGCCAUGCAUCACAUCAUGCCUGCAAGUCUGACGCGCAUAGUGCAGCUUGAUCUGGACUUGAAAUACAGGACCAACAUCAGGGACCUUUUCCAAGAAUUUGACCGGUUUCCUCCAGGAGCGGUGAUAGGCAUCACCAGAGAGAUGCAGCCAGUGUACAGACACACCUUCUGGCAGUAUCGUAAAGAGAACCCACAGACGAAGGUAGGUGAACCUCCUCCUGAUGGCCUCCCGGGCUUCAACAGCGGCGUGAUGUUAUUGGAGCUGGGUGCUAUGAGGGCUUCAGCUCUCUACAACGAACUGUUGGAGCCGAGCAAUGUGGCCAAACUAGCUGACCAGUAUCGCUUCAGGGGCCACCUGGGUGACCAGGACUUCUUCACCAUGAUUGGCAUGGAGCAUCCUGAACUGUUUUAUUCCCUGGCCUGUGGGUGGAACCGGCAGCUGUGCACCUGGUGGAGGGACCACGGAUACGGAGACGUGUUUCAGUUGUAUUAUAGCUGUGGCGGACCCGUCUAUAUCUACCAUGGGAACUGUAACUCUCCUAUACCAGAUGACUGAUAUGUACUGGAAUGAUGCUGGAACUGAAAAACAGUCUAUGGCAUCUACAAUAACAGUUAAAGGGACAUUUUUGCCCUGCUUUUUGAGAGGGAGGACUGUGACUUCAUGGCAGUUUCCUUUCUUGACCACUGUACUGCCCAUGUAGUCACAGACUCUGCCCCCUGCUGGUCCAGGGGCUACUGAAGGGCCCGCUCAUACUUGUUGCUACAAAUGUGAUGCUCAUCUGUGUCAUUUUAUAAUAAAUUUUGGCAUUCGGGCCGAAAACAGCCCUGCCUUACAGCAAUGCAAGGAGCUGCCAUAGUGGGGGCGUGCUUUUUCAGGUACCGAGAUGAUGAAAAGAAGAAUUAUAAUCUUUGAGGUUCAGUUUGAGAGAGAGAUCCAUUCAUUUGAAGGCUUAACAAUAGAACAUAUUGUUCACAUUACAGAGUGAUCUACCAGGAACAUGUUCUUGCCUGUAUUUGAUCGGCCAUCCUUGCUAGAUGAAGUUGUAGUGCAGCAAAAGUUAAAUUUUUUUGCAGGUGCCCCCGCUGUGUCGUGAGGGCCCUAAUGGCAGCAUGAAUAUGCAUUACAAGUCAUUUCUUUUCAUUUGCUUCUGUAUUAAUUAAUUUAAAUAAAUUUGGUAUUUGUUUUGAGGAGAAUCUAAAAAAAACACUAUCCAUUAAAAAAAGUGGUGUAAACAACAAAUUUUCAUGAUUUACAAGGAAUUCAUAUCACUAGCAGAUGUUAUCAGCAAUGAAUAUAGGGUCAGCAAAUGUGUCGAUUGGUUAACCUCUAAAUAAAAAGCAUCUCGUACCGUUUUCCACUUUCCGCACUCUGUUUCUAGCACCUCGAGUUUUCUAUCAGUGGCUCAAGUUCACCCUGCGUCGCCCUAUCUUCCUGCAACACCUCACCAGGUGAGGGCUGAUCUGAUGCCAUUUAUUUCACCUCUGUGGCUUGUAGAAGAACAGGCAGGGUUUGUUCCGGAGCCACGUGGGCACAGGGCACAACACACAAUUCCUUUCAAACACAUCUUUCAGCAGGUAGGAAGACAAGCAAAAGAAAAAUAAAAAAUCACAUCAGAAGGUGGAGGAGGUGUCGGAGAGAUGACCGGUAACAAUGAUGGCACUGACAGCUGUUCGUGCCCUGCAUUUGUAGUUUAGCUGAGGCCAAACACACGUUUCAGAAGGAGUGAACGUGACUGCAGAUGCUGACCCACUUUUGAGUUUUCUUGCUGUCCUUACUGAACUGACACUGAUUCAGAGAAAUGUCAGCACUCUAUAUUCAUCAGUCAGGAAAUUGUCUGAGGUGAUGCACACACAUACACACAGUGAGAGUGAGGCAGCUGAAUGCCCUGAACAAUCAGUGGAGUCAAUGGAAAGGCUACUGAAGACACUUGAGAAUAAAAAUUAUUCCAAAUCAAUACGCUUCCCUUGAAUUCACCCUGAAGCUGAUCAAUACUUUUUCUGCCUCUUUCAGAACAGCACUCUUUAGCCUCUAGAACACAUUGUUGGCAAGAUGAAUAACCAUCAAAUCGAAGCAAAUACUGAAAAACAACUUCCAUUCUCAGUUCCUGAUUGCACUUUCCAACCUCAAAACGCAUGCUUUGUCAUCAAUGGUUUUGUUGACUAGACCCGGUUAGAUUUAUUUUGCUGCAUUUAUUAUUUGUUCUUUGUUUUUAAGGACCAUACCAACAGUUUUGUUCAUUCUGGCCCAUUAACUACAAAUGUAUAUUUGUAGGGUUUGAUUGAUUUCCUACUCUUGAGGCAGCAAUUGGUUUCCAUUUCUUUCACUGCAUUAUGAAUUUUGACUGUAAAGUGCUUGUGUUGGAUAGCAGUUGCAAGUGGGGCAUUUCAAAGACAUGUCAGUGCCCCGGAAAGGGUAAUUAUUGCUGAAAAACUCAAAUCUAAAAACUUGUGUGUUGCUCCAGUUGGCAAAAUGUUAGAUUAUGGACUAACAUGUGCAAAUCCAAUGGUAUCAUCCUUUAAAAUAUCCUUUUUAUCUAAUAUCCUGGUUUGUCAACUGUUUAUCCCUGUGUAUUGCUUAUACUGUAUCCAUUACAAGGUUUGGUGACAGUUUAUUUGCCACUACUUUACUAAUAAUACUUGCUGGGAAGUUACCUGGAAAAUAUGAAUGUAAUUUGCUACAAAUAAUAGGGAAAACAGAAAUACUGGGAGAACUACUCUAUUUAAAUCACAGUAAAUAUAUAUUCAUUUAUCAUUUGAAACUUCAGUCUUUGUAUAUUUUCUGCAAGUUCAGCUGACCUCACCACUGACGAAAAGACUCUUGGUUAUGCUAUCAAGCACUAAGUACUGAAUUUAGUUUACUAAUUCAACACUUUCUAUACUUUCCCUGUAUUUAAUAUCAAAUUACACACCCAUACUUCUGUUUCCAGGAACCAGCUGUGAAAUUGUGUUACAUUUCUUUUUUCUAACACUCUCUGUGUAUAACAUGCAAUGCUGAAAAUAGCUGGAGAUUCAUGCUGGUGUAUAGUGAGAACUGGUCUGGUUUAACUUGAUAAAUGUGAUAAAGGUAGUAACCUAUGUUCACCCACCAAUUGCAAACACAGUUUGUUGCUUUGGUAAAUGGCUGUUCUGUAUCAGUAUGUUGAAUGUGCAAUUUUAAUUUUAAAGGGCUAACAGAUGUUUGCAAUUAAGUGUAUAAACACUGUAAAUGUACCAUAUCUCACUGAAAAUCCCUGUGACAGAUUAGGAAGCUGCUGCUGUGCUGUUUAAGAUUCAAGGCGACAGGUUUCUUUCAAAUGUGAAAGCAGCUUUACAUGAAGCCAAAUUUUUUUAAUGCUCUCUUGAAAGAAUGUUUAAACUCAAUGACCUUCGACAGACGAGCUUCCUGUGACGCAAAUACAGCAAACUUCCCACUUCGCUAACAUUUUGAAUUCAGGACUGUGUUUCUUUUGUGUG